AUGGCUCAAGUAUCACUUGAGCUAUCUACAAAAUGGCACCUAAUAGUUCAACGUGGUCUCGACUCUGUGACCGAGAGGCUUAAUACUCAUUACACUGUACUCUUGAAGCCACUAGAAACAAGCGUCGUUAGCUCCGUAGCAGCCAGGUGUUUGGAACUUAUCACCAUCGUGAUACGCACAGCAUGUUGGAUCAUGGUGAUGGUGGCGAUAAUCUAUGUACCAGAGAAGCAAUUUGUCCAGAAGUGGAACAUUAAUAAGAUUGAACAAAUACAAAUGGAAAAGAAUUAG